GUGAAAACAGAUACCGCAAUAUGAAUUUACGUAAAAUAAACGUUGUGCAGAAACUUUCUGCAUUUCCUUUACGUUUGCAAUCUACAAGCACUGCGACUGCGGAGCUGCCGGCGGCGAUCAUAAAUGAAAAUGUGGAAGAUAGCUCUGUGCACGCACGGAGACUCAAUAAAUCUGGCUUACAAGAACAGCAUAAAAAUAUUGUAAUGGGUGUUCCACCUUAUCGGGAUGCGCAGUCUUGGAUACACUUGACCGAGAAAUAUCAGAGAAAAGUCUAUGGCCUGUACGGUGCCAAGAGUAACGUAAAUCCAAAGAUUUGCUUUGAUUCAAAGGCGGAGCAAGAAGUUAUGCAACUGGACACUUUCUUUAAAGUACUGGAAAAGAGCCGCCUUGAGAAAGCAGAGAAAAUCCAAAAGACUAAUGACCGCGAUGAAGACAUAGCCAAGAAACUGGAUAAGCUAGAGCAGUGGAAAUCUGAUUUGAAUGCAAAGGUUGCAAAACGCGAGGCAGAAGCUGCUGCUGCGAUAGCGCGAAAGGAGCGGUUGGUGGAGGAGGUUCGCAGGCAUUUUGGAUUCAAGGUGGAUACUCGUGAUGAACGAUUUAAGGAAAUGCUGGAGCAAAAGGAGAAGGAGGACAAGAAAAAGCAGAAGGAAGCUAAGCGUAAGGCGAAGGAGGAAAAAAUGAUGGCGAAACUCGUGGAGAAAACCUCAUCCUAACUUAACUAAAAAUAUCGAGAAAUAAAUUAAACCAUCAUUAAGAGUUCAAGAAAAA